AUGUCAGCCAAUGGGAGCUCAGAAACAGGCUGCAGGUCAGAGGUCAGAGCCACCAACAACACCUGCAGCCAGAAGGAGCUGUCCGUCACCGCCUCCAUCAUCUCCAUGACUGUGGGCAUCUUCUCCAACAGCCUGGCUCUCUUCAUCCUGGUCAAAUCCUACAACCGUGUCCGGCUCAAGUCCAAGGCGUCCUUCCUGCUGUUUGCCAGCAGCCUGGUGAUCACAGACCUGCUGGGUCACCUCAUCAACGGCUCCCUGGUGCUCUUCGUCUACAGCUACCAGAAGAAAUGGGAGACUUUUGAUCCUCAUCGCAUCGUGUGCAGCGUCUUUGGGAUGUGCAUGGUGUUCUUCGGCUUGAGCCCCUUGUUCCUGGGCAGCGUCAUGGCCGUGGAGCGCUGCAUCGGAGUCACCAGGCCCAUUUUCCACUCCACCACGCUGGUGUCCCACCACAUGAAGCGGCUGCUGGGGCUCACCUGGCUGCUGGCUGCUCUGGUGGCUGUGCUGCCGGUGCUGCUGUGGAGGCCCUACAAGGUUCAGAGCUCCAGGAGCUGGUGCUUCUUCCACAUGGAGCAGCCCAAAGACUGGCUGGAUGUGCUCCUGCCCCUGCUGUUCUCUAUGCUGGGGCUUCUGGCGCUGCUGCUCUCCAUCGUGUGCAAUACACUCACGAGUUGUGCGCUGCUGCAGGCCAGACUGCGCUGCAAACAUCACUGCAGACGAACGUCGUACCACAUUGAGAUGAUCUGGCAGCUCCUGGGGAUCAUGCUGGUGUCCUGCAUUUGCUGGGGCCCAUUACUGAUCCUCGUCAUCGUCCUGAGCACCAGAGCCAGAGAUGAGUCCACGUCCUUUAGCCUGCUGACGGUGGUUCGUAUGGCCACGUGGAACCAGAUCCUGGACCCGUGGGUCUACAUCCUGCUGAGGAAGGCCGUUCUCAGAAAAAUCUUCAUGUUGUUUCACAGCUGCUGGGGUUCAAAGCCUCAUAACCUGCACCGCUGGCAGCACAGUGUGCUCUGCAGCUCGGUGGAGAAAAGCAACUCGUCCCACUGCCGCUGCCUCGGCAGGCUGCCUCUGCCAGGCACUGCCGUCAAAUCCAUCGCCUGA